CUUACAUGUCAUUAGACCAAGGCAGAGUGAUGGAGAGACUGAUUUUACCCUUUUUUUAUUUCUUUAACCACCACCCAGUUUGCAUGUGUGAAGUGUCAGUCGACAAAGACAACCCAACCAAACAUUUUAUACAUACCUUUGUAAAAAUAAUAAUAAUAAUAAUACUUACUGUUUUUCAUUUCCUUGCUUUAUAUAAGUGGUUUUCAAACUUUUUUUCACCAAGAACCACUAUAAUGACCAACAUUAAAAUACAGUAGCAUAGUAGUCGUAGACAGAGGUCUUAUUCCUGAAAAGUAUAUUUCAUCUUAUUGAAAGAUACUGUAACAUUAUACACAGAUUGAAAAUUAACACUGUGCUCAAUUAUAGGAAAAUGAAAAAAACUGUACUUAAAUACUAGGAGGGUUUACAUGGAGCCUUCCAUUCCGUAUAUAAUCAGUUUAGAAGCACAACCCAAAUGAAAAUGCACCAUAUAUACACCUAAUUCGGAAUAAACAGGCCAAAUCUGGAAUGGAAUGGAAUUUAUUUCGUUUUCACAGGGCUGGAAUGUUCCUUUUGCCAAACUGAUCCUAAGUAAAUUUUCAUCAUAUAAACCUUGAAUCGGAUUGGUGCCAGGAUGCUUUCUUUCUGCGCAUGCUCUGUCUUGACGUAAAUAAAUGGUGACGUCAUUGUAACGCAAGUAAAUAUGGUGGCUUCCACCCGGCGCUCGUAUGCAAUGGAGAUCUUUUUUUUAACUACUUGUAAUUUGUUUUUAUCAAGCGGUUGUUUUAGUCAAAGCAUAGAAACAAUCCCAACUACUGUACCAAAUAGGUGAUGACCCUCCAUCUUGAUAAACAACAUGACGUUUACGUUGAUGUGCGCUUGUCACAAGGCUGUUCUGAUUAAAUGUGGUGCGCGUGGGCCGAGGAAGAUGGUGAUGGACUGAAUACAAGUGCAGUUACAGAAUUUUAUUUUCACUCUUUGAACGGUCCACCCGAAGAAUCGUAGUUGUCAAGGGAAAGUUGGUAACCCUCCAGUAGACAAGAGAACAGGACAAGAACUUUGAGAAUAAUGAGAGACGCAAUUUAAUAAAAACUUGCAGGAAAGGAGACCGUUUAGGUACAGUGGGUACGUAAAGUUUUCAGACCCCCUUACAUUUUUCACUCUUUGUUAAAUCGGGUGCUGUCCAUUUCUUCUGAUCAUCCUUGAGAUGGUUCUACACCUUCAUUGGAGUCCAGCUGUGUUUGAUUAUACUGAUCGGACUUGAUUAGGAAAGCCACACAGCUGUCUAUAUAAGACCUUACAGCUCACAGUGCACGUCAGAGCAAAUGAGAACCAUGAGGUCAAAAGGAACUGCCUGAAGAACUCAGAGACAGAAUUGUGGCAAGGCACAGAUCUGGCCAAGGUUACAAAAAAAAAAUUCUGCUGCACUUAAGGUUCCUAAGAGCACAGUGGCCUCCAUAAUCCUUAAAUGGAAGACGUUUGGGACGACCAGAACCCUUCCUAGAGGUGGCCCUCUGGCCAAACGGAGCAAUUGGCGGAGAAGAGCCUUGGUGAAAGAGAUAAAGAAGAACCCAAAGAUCACUGUGGCUGAGCUCCAGAGAUGCAGUCGGGAGAUGGGAGAAAGUUCUAGAAAGUCAGCCAUCACUGCAGCCCUCCACCAGUCGGGGCUUUAUGGCAGAGUGGCCCGACGGAAGCCUCUCCUCAGUGCAAGACACAUGAAAGCCCACAUGGAGUUUGCUAAAAAACAACAACACCUGAAGGAUUCUCUGGUCUGAUGAGACCAAGAUAGAACUUUUUGGCCUUAAUUCUAAGCGGUAUGUGUGGAGAAAACCAGGCACUGCUCAUCACCUGUCCAAUACAGUCCCAACAGUGUAGGACGGUGGUGGCAGCAUCAUGCUGUGGGGUUGUUUUUCAGCUGCAGGGACAGGGAGACUGGUUGCAAUCGAAGAAAAGAUGAAUGCAGCCAAGUACAGGGAUAUCCUGGACAAAAGCCUUCUCCAGAUUGCUCAGAACCUCAGACUGGGCCGGUGGUUCACCUUCAAAGAAGACAAUGACCCUAAGCACACAGCUAAAAUACCGAAGGAGUGGCUUCAGAACAACUUAGUGACUGUUUUUGAAUGGCCCAGACAGAGCCCUGACUUUAACCCAAUUGAGCAUCCCUGGAAUGACCUGAAAAUGGCUGCCCACCAACGUUCACCAUCCAACCUGACAGAACUGGAGAGGAUCUGCAAGGAGGAAUUGCAGAGGAUCCCCAAAUCCAGGUGUGAAAAACUUGUUGCAUCAUUCAAAAAAAAAGACUCAUGGCUGCAUUAGCUUAAAGGGGUGCCUCUACUAAAUACUGAGCAAAGGGUCUGAAUACUUACGGGUGUGAUAUUUCAGUUUUUCUUUUCUAAUACAUUGCAAAAAUGUCAACAAUUCAGUUUUUUCUCUGUCAAUAUGGGGUGCUGUGUGUACAUUAAUGUGGAAAAAAUGAACUUAAAUGAUUUUAGCAAAUGGCUGCAAUAUCAAAAAGAGUGAAAAAUGUAAUGGGUCUGAAUACUUUCUGUACCCACUGUACACCUAAUGUCUCUCAGAAGUGUCUUUUAUUUCUCCUUAGUUGAGAUCAUAUAUGUGCACAUGAACAGGCAGUGAACACCUGCCUUAUGAAACUGCCCCCCAACCACAGAUGUCUUGCUAAGUCUCUCAGCAAAGUGAUAAUACAAUAUCAGAGAGAGGCAGGAACAAGGUGUCCUUUUUUAAUCCUCGCACUAGAACAUGAACAUUAUAUAGUUAUAAUUAACAUAAAAUGCAUUUUGUAAUCCCACUCCUGACAGUGUCAGGCGGCACGGUGGCCGACUGGUUAGAGCGUCAGCCUCACAGUUCUGAGGACCCGGGUUCACCGGCCCCGCCUGUGUGGAGUUUGCAUGUUCUCCCCGUGCCUGUGUGGGUUUUCUCCGGGCACUCCGGUUUCCUCCCACAUCCCCAAAACAUGCAUGGUAGGUUCAUUGACAACUCUAAAUUCCCCGUAGGUGUGAAUGUGAGUGUGAAUGGUUGUUUGUUUGUAUGUGCCCUGCGAUUGACUGGCAACCAGUUCAGGGUGUACCCCGCCUACUGCCCGAUGAUAGCUGGGAUUGGCUCCAGCACGCCCGCGACCCUUGUGAGGAGAAGCGGCUCAGAAAAUGGAUAGAUGGAUAGAUGGUUGCAUUUUGUAAGUGCAAGGACAUACUUGUUUUGUAACCUUCAGGUACCGUACUUUUUUAUAAUGAUAUUAUCGCAAUACUUUCCACAAUAUUGUCCAAAAUCUGGUCAAAGAAGAGCAAAUGAAGACAUCAACAUUAGAACAACCAGUCUCUAAACAGAGGAUGAUGUUCACGCCCUCAUGUGUAUCAUUUUUAAUUCUCAACUGUGUGACCAUUAGCAAACAUCAGACAAAAAGCCCAUCGGUAUUGAAUGCGUCAUGAUGCACUCAGCUCUUAAUAGGGGCUCAGACCAUAGCAGCAAGCUCAUCGAUACCCACCUUCUCCAUUUACGUACUUCCCUCGUCAUUAAGAUACAUAUCAUAAAGAAAUUAAGGAAAGGAAAGAAAAGAAAAAAUCCAAUAUUUUCAUUGGGGAACUGUUUGGCCUUUGAGCCCACUCCAUAGGUGAAAAUAUGCAACAUAGAUCUUCCAUGAUCUAACCAAUUACAAUUACAAUGGAAUAAUUCUCACUUUUGUGAGCGUUUUAUUGAGAGAUUGUGUAACCAAGCUUCGAACUAAUCCAUUCAUAUUUCAAGUCUGAUUUCCACCACUUUCUGUGCUGCUUUGCACUCAUUCCCUAUGUGGCUGCACGAGAAAUGAUGGAAUCAAUGUUGUCACAGUCUACCUUUGGGGGAGCUUUGGGUUAUAUAAAAGAACUGUGCCCAGUCACACAAGAGACAUCCAUGUGGCCAACUCGCAAAGGCUGCUGCUGCCACAUUUCGCUUGAGAAAACAUCCGUCUUUGUCUUUAUAAUCCCUUUUAUUGUUUGCAAUACAUACUUUUGACUUUAUUCUGUCUCCUGUAAUUUUGCCAUCACAUUUUUUUCUUCUUCUUCUCCUACACCUCUUACUCUAUUGUCCUCCCCCUUAAAGCAAAUACUAAUGGGCACAAGUCAUCAUUAGUGCUUACUGGCCUGGAUGAGCUUGGAUUUGUGAUGAAGUUCAGAGAGUCAAGCCCUUUCCCAGUGCUCACAGAGCUGUAAAAUUGAGUCGAUGUCACUUUAAUGCUCGCUGAGCUUUGCCAUUUGCUCUAAAUUGGAUUCAGUGUAGACUCUAGGGCUACAAGGAUCGGACAUAGGCCAGACUGGACCUUUAUUUUACUUUAUUUUAUUGGUAAAUCAUAAAUACUUCAUGUUUGUGUAAUUUAUUGUUUUAUUUCAGUAGUAAAUCAUGAGUAGUUUAUGUGUUCUUCUAGGGAUGUGUUCUUUCAUUUCAAUAGUAAAUCAUGAGAAAUUGAUGUUGUUUGUUGUUGUUAUUUUAUUUUACUUCAUUUUAUUACUAAGUCACAAGGCAGCAGAGUGAUAUAGUGGUUAGAAUGUCCACCUUGAAAAACCAUUAUUGGUUCAUUUUAGACUCUAAUUUCCCAAAUGUGUGAAUAGUUGUUUGUCUACAUGCUACAUGUGAUUGACAGGCGGCCAGUCCAGGUUGUACAUCGCCACUCGGCCUGGGAUAGUCUCAGGGUCCAAAACAUCUGGUAUCGCAUUGCCAAAUGUGACGUAAAAGCAGGUCAGAUGAUAGAAUGCGACAUGCCAAGCUCACGAACUGUUGAAAACUGGGCGAAAAGCAACAUGUGGCUUCGUUUUACGGUCAAACAUAGUGCUGUAGAUGAGAUACAUUGUUCCCUUUGUCGCCAGCACACAAACGUAAUUAAAUAUUGCCGAAAUUACUCGCCAAAGUGGAAGGUUUGUGGAAGGUGUUACAGGCAGUGGUCUAAAAAAGCUAAUGUUGACGAGCACAACUGCGCUGGGGUACACAAGAAGACAGUAGAUUUGGAUAAUCCUGCCACAUUAGCCGAAAUCUACAAAAUCACUAUUGGACGGUCUUUAAACCGUGCCUCUAACAGCAAGAAAGAUCAGAUAAGUAAAUUCACUCGGUGGUGUGUUGUAUGGCACUAUUAUAUGUUUCGCACGAGGUGGAAGGACAUACAGUAUACAACACCAUCAGUGUGCGUCGUCUCCCAAAGAUAGAGAGCCAGUUGUUCAGGCUCAAGGUGUUAUAUUUAUGUUCGUCCUUCUUCUUACUUACGUUCUUACUUAUUUUCUUACUUUCUUACUUCUUCUUAUGUAUUUUCUUACUUACUUUCUUAGAUAACCUCAAAAGUCAGGAGUAGUGUCCCCAACUCUAAAUCUGUAUGGUUUUUGUUAUUUUUUUUAUCAGUGGUGAGUUCAAACACGAGGUACAGUGGUUAGGACAUCUGCCUCACAGUUCUGAGGACGUGGGUUCAAAUCCGUCCUUCCCAGUGGGAAGUUUGCACGUUCUCCCUGUGCCUGUGUGGGUUUUCGCCGGGUACUCCGGUUUUCUCCCACAUCCCAAAAACAUCCAUGGUGGAUUAAUCGAAGAAUCGGAAUUGUCCGUAGGUGUGAAUGUGAUUGUGAAUGGUUGUUUCUGGCGACCAGUUCAGGGUGUACCCCGUGUCUCGCCCAGAGUCAGUUUGGAUAGAGUGUGUCAAAAAAUUGCUACACAAUCUCUGCAAUUGCUAUACAAAUCUAAUUUUGCAUAGCAACAAUUGCUAUGCAAAAAUGUUGAUUAUUUCAGGCCCUGAGUCUCCAGUUUUCUAACUCCCUAAUGACAAGCGCAAUAGAAAAUACAGUAAAUGAAUGGAUGGCUAGUACAACCCCAAUUCCAAUUAAGUUGGGACAUUAUGUUGAAUAUAAAUAUAAACAGAAUACAAUGAUUUGCAAAUCAUGUUCACUCCGGUUUCCUCCCACAUUCCCAAAAACAUGCGUGGUAGGUUGAUUGAAGUCUCUAAAUUGCCCCUAGGUGUGAAUGUGAGUGAGAAUGGUUGUUUGUUUAUGUGUGCCCUUCGAUUGGCUGGCAACCAGUUCAGGGUGUACCCCGCCUACUGCCCGAUGAUAGCUGGGAUUGGCUCCAGCACGCCCGCGACCCUUAUGAGGAGAAGAGGCUCAGAAAAUGGAUGGAUGGAUGGAUGAUGUUUAACACAACAUCCCAACUUCAUUGGAAUUGGGGUUGUAAAUCACAACUGUGCAUUGUCUGAAUAUUAUGUUGUUUUAUUUUGAUUUGAUUUUAAUGGUAAAACACAAAUGAUGUGUGCCGUCAGUAAUUUGUCUUUUAUUUAGUUUUAUUCAUGCUAGUAACACCCCAGCCCGUCCCUUGCUGCUUGGUAGUGUUUAUCACAAGACUGUUGAGUUGUGAUUUAUUUCUGUUUACUUUCCGAAUCUAUUUGUGCGCUCAUUUCUACUAGGCUUUACACGAUUUUUGGGCCCAAUCACCGAGUUAAAAAAAACGAUAACCGAUCACCGAUCCGAUCGCAAGACGGAGCAAUGUGUCUAUUUAAAUGACUUUUUCAUUUACUGUAUAUACUUGUGUACUGACUAUCUUCAAAAGUAUUUUCUAUUCAGGUCAUAUAUUCUAAUCAGUCAGGUCAAACCAACAUUACAACAUGACUAACUUUUUCAAAUUGUAAAAUAUAUUCCUUGGCUCCAUAAAGGUUGGAAAUCAAUGCUCUAGUCAGCUCGUGUAUUCUAAUCAGUCAGGUCAAACCAACAUUACAACUAACUUACUGUAAUUAAAUUACUUUAUUGUUACUUUAUUACUUCACACACACACCGAAACUUUAGCGCAUGAUUCGACAUAACGCCGGCAUGUUUACGUACAACCGUUAGCGCUAGCACAAGCUUGUUAGUCUACGUAACGUUUUGUUGCCUACUUGCGAGCGGUAUCGUAUUAAAAGUACGUGAGCAUACCUCAACCAAUCCUUGAAUUAAAGUCCUCUCCCGAGUACCGGUGACCACCACCACACGUUUUUUCCCAUUUUAUUCGUAUAAUACACACGGCGCAAGCCAUUGUUGUUGGCGUCGCCAUGGUAACGAGUGUUUUCGGUCGUGUUUGAGUUGACAAAAUAAAGCCCAUUGAUUGUAAAAGACUGGAUGCGGUGGGGUUGGAAUGCAAAGUUUUAUUGCAGUAGUCUGAGAGACCAAUUGUGAGAGACCAAAUUUGUCUUGUAGUCUGAUCAACGCAUUACGUGUUGUCUGUCCCACACCGCCUACAUGUUUUUAUUUUAAAUAACUUUAUUGGUUGUCAGAGAUUUACAGUACUAUGUCAAAAGACACGUGAGAAGGCUAAAAAUAAACCAGCUUUUGGAUUCAAAAUAUACUCUACUCCCUGGCGACGCGGAGUAAAUGUCUUUUGCGAAGCGAAUUAUGGCAUUAAAGCCGAUCAGCAUAAAAUGCUACUUAUCGGCCGAUACCGAUCAAGCCGAUCAGAUCGGUGUAAAGUCUACUCAUUUCCUAUUCCAGCGCACCUGAGCCAGCCAGUAUGCGUGGACGUUCCCUCGGGGACGGAGGCGGUUCUGGGAAAGAUGAUGAAGUUGACGUGUAUCUCUUGUAUGAAACGUGAGGAAGUGAAAGCCAAGACGUAUGUGGACUGGUACUACAUGACCAAGGUGGAACAAGGCAUCACACCUGACAAAACCCUUAUAUACAAGUACGAGGGUGAUUUACCUAUGGAGAUGGAUGGACCAUUCAAGGGCCGCCUGGUGUGGAACGGUAGCCAGGACCUGCAAGACCUCUCCAUCAGCAUCGUGAACGUCACCUACAAUGACAGCGGCGUCUACGAGUGCCGUGUGCUUCGCGAGUUUGAGUUUGACUCCUUCACUCCGUCAGCUUACAUCUUGAAGAACAUCACACUGAAGGUGAUAGAGGAAGUCAGCCCGGACACCACAGCCCUCUACUCGAAGAUCAUGAUGUACUUGCUGCUGGUCUUCUUGACCUUCUGGCUGUUGGUAGAGAUGGUUUACUGCUACCGCAAGAUCUCCAAGUCUGACGAGCUGGUCCAGGACACAGGAUACUGAAGAACCGUGAUGGACGAUAAAGAUCAACCAACCGAACCGCCCAACAACCCCCCCGGCCCCCAGUCCCACCCGUUUUCCUGUGGAGAGCCAAAAAUGUCAGUUUAUUACCUUCCUGUGCUAAACUCAAGUGCCCUCAGUAGUAACACGAGUUACAAAUCAAAUGUCUAAGGUCAUGUAAAAAGCGGCUGCACUUCAUGUGAACCUGGCCUCUUAUUCGUACCAUGUAGUGCCUCUGUGAUGUGGACCCUUUAUAAAUAGAGACAAUGAAGUGCAACACACUAUCCUACUGCUGUCACGGCUACUCAGCUUUUUUUAUUAGCUGUAGUUUUUCUGUUUUUGUUUUUUUUUGGUCUUUACAGUAUUUUAUAAGACGUACAGAGAGUCUGAUUAUAUUAGUAAUGGCUAAUACCUCUGUAAGAAAACUUACACUGCUUUUUUUUAUUGUUAUGACAUGCAUUGCUACAAUAUAUAGGAUAUAUAUGAUUAUUGUCUCCCCCCUGCUGUAUUUCUGUUGCUGUUUUUAAUUCAUCCUCCUAAUCUCUCUGUGUAAAUUAAUUAAUAUUAAUCAAUACACAGCAGUAAGGUCUUUAAACCCACAGCUUAGACAUUUGCUGCUGGUGUUCUACAUGCAGUAGAUGCUUUUUUGCUACUUUGUAAUAUUUUGGACAUAUUUUGCCAUUUAUGUCACGUGACACUGCUCCUGUUCUGCAAAUCUUUGAGUAAAUUCUACUAAAUUCCA